AUGAAGGAUCAGCGCGAGAUGAGCUCUUGUAGUGGCCUCGCAGUGCUGGAUCACGCAAACAGCAAGUUCUCGCGAGGCUACAGCUGUACUGGUGUUGGUAUGGGAGUAUGUGCCCGACAUGAGUUUGUCCAGCCUAACGGAGUUGUUGAUCUCCAGGCCGGAGAAUGCUAUGCCAACAUGGACUGGCUUUUCAGUUCCAUCGUUCGUCACCUUCAUAUAGCGCUUCGCCUAAUGGUUUCUUAUGAUAUUGCCUGUCAAUGGGCCAAAAAUCUUCGUUCGCGACUGGAAAAGCUGCCACCAAUGUUGCGUCUCUCGCUCGUCCUGGCUCUUAUUCGCUUUGUUGUCCCCAAGCUCCAUAUCCAUGGACAUACUCUUGCUUGCCAGCUUCUUUACUCGCUCAACUGGGUCCCUGGAAGUGGGCAAACGGACGGCGAAGGGAUUGAGCGGCCCUGGAGCAUGAUAGGCGGCGUUGCGGCAAGCACCAGAGUCAGUGGGCCUGGAGCACGUGCAGACAUUCUCGACGAUCAUUGGUCGUUUUGGAACUGGAAGAAGCUGAUCGGUUUGCCAACACUUCUCCGCAAGCGACUGGACACUGCCAUUCAUGAGUUGGCGCGUCAACAAGAGGCCUUCCAGUCGUUCUCGUCCCAGCAAGCGGAUAAUAUAUCUCGAUGGAAGGCCUUUGUGGAGGACUUCGAAGCAGAUGGUAGCAAGCCAAACCCAUAUCAAGCUACAGUCAAAGGCGCUACAGAGGCUCAGGUCCGCACAGACCUGGAUCGUCAAGACGAAGAACAGCAAGCCGCAGGAAUUCGACCGAUCCAUGAUAUAACCCCCAACUCUCGUCGGGCCCUCAACAAACGUAUUGACCGACUUCGUAUUCUGCAAGCCACCUACACACCUGCCUCGCUACAGCAGCUUGCCGACCUUCGCCUUCCCCAGAACACAGUCGCCGAAAAGGUUCCAUUACUGCCUCCAUCGGUCUUGACGACGACUCAGCGGAUGAACGGCGGUUGUGUACUUGGGCUUGUUGAAAUGGAGAAGCUCCACAUCAAGUACCGACUUCUUCUCUACAAACGGACUCAGUCUCACCAUCAAAAAACCAAUACUCGCUCGCGAACCCUUGUAACGCGGAACGAAUACAAGAUCCUUCUCCAUUCUUGGAAAUAUCAAGCCGCGCAUUCAGCUCUGGUGGCAAUAGCCGAAGGGAAUACGUCGGAGGUGUCAUGGCCGUGUCUCCAUAAGGACGAUAUUCGCUGUCUCGAGGACUCCGACGAGCUGGCGAAGAGGGAAGUGCGGGAAAAGAAAGCUAUCUUGCGUCAAGCACAACGAGACGAGGCUAUGCGCAAGGCCGGAAUAAUACCGCUCUUGUCAAAUCGACGGGAUAGUCGGCAGAGCGAAUCCUCGGACGAAGAAGACAAGUCCGAAUUCGAAGAGGAGCCUCUCACAUUACUCGAAACUUUUGGCAGCAGUGUUACGAGUACGAGCUAUGAUGGGGCUGCUAUCCAGCAUGGAGAAUCGCGCAGGACGGUCUCGUGGAUCUGGUCAAUGACCGGAAGGACUGAGACAAAUGAAGAGAUGAACGAAGCGCUGCGGAUUGAGUGGGCGAAGGCUUGGGCUCGAGUUCAUCGCUGGACAGAGGAGGUUGCGAUCCUCACGGAAGAAUGGCGCCCGCCGGUGCAAAUCUCCAGCGCCUCCGUGGCGAAUGCUGAAGGCCUUAUUGCCUACGCCGUCAAACAAGCCGACAUCUACCAGAAUCUUCAACAGUGGGCAGAGGCUAUUCGGACAGAGCCGAAGCUUCAGAAAGGGGUGCGGCAAAAUCGGCCGGGCUAUGUCUUUCUGAAGGCAAGUGAUAUGGGACUGGAGGACGGUGAUGGUUUCAUUGAAGAUGAUACAAUUGACGAGAGUGGAAAUUUUGAUGAAGAAGAGCUUUUGAUGGCGGGAGUAGAUAUCUGA